UUUUAUCAACAUUUUAUUACUAUCGUUUAAUUAUUGAUUUUUAAUUAAUUUAGUUAACUCGACAUCGUGUUAGCUCAAUUAUUUCGUAUUUGUACAAAUGGUUGGGAUAAAUUGUGCUCCUAACAUGUUAAUUGUAGUUUACCACUGAGAAUAUUAUUGGUAAACAAUUUUAACCUUUUCCUUUUUCCCAUGUUAAGCCUCUCUGUAGGAUGCACAAAUAUUCUAGGAAAUAUGGGCUAUUCAUUUUCAUUGCAUUGACAAUUCUCUUGAUUCAGUUUUUCCUCGCCUUGUCUUUCUAUGCUUCUAAUCAGUUUGAAGAACAAUUUUUACAAGAUGGAAGAUUCAAAAAAUUGAAUAAACCCAAUCUACAGAGGGUUUCCUCUGAGUAUUUACCUAGUGAAGCAGCUAAAUCAUCGAGGAGAAAUGAAUUAAUCAGACCAUCCAGUUUAACUGACCAUUCCAUACAAUCUCAGUCAUCAUCUCAUCGUUCAACAAUUGUUGGUAAUAAAUUAACCAGUGUCAAAACUAAUUCUAAGUUGGAUUUGUCAAGUUUAGGCUUCAUUCCUAAUUGUUCAAUCGUUGUCAAAGAUGCCAUUUACGCCAUUAAUAGAGCCAAAACAAUUGAUUGUAAAAAGCAAUUGUCUAAUGUCGCUUGUCAGAUGCAAUCUGGCCAAUUAUUUCCUAAAAAUCUUCCAAAAUAUUGUCCAUAUCAAAAUAUCAAGAAAAAAGAUUCGGUUAACAAUUACUCAGGAAUACACUCCAAAUCCGUUCGGAUCGCAUUCGUAUUGACAUUUAAUGGUCGCUCUGUGCGCCAAAUCACUAGACUAAUCAAAGCAAUUUACAGUCAUCAACAUACUUAUUUUAUACAUAUCGAUAAGCGUCAAGAUUAUCUUUUCAAAGAGCUUCUUCCAUUAGAAACGUUGCCAAAUGUUAAAUUAUCUCGAAACCGUCUCUCUACAAUCUGGGGAGGUGCUAGUCUAUUAGAAAUGCUGAUCAACAGUUUUACUGAAUUGAUGCAAUACAAGAAUUGGGACUACCUUAUAAAUCUCAGUGAGAGCGAUUUCCCAAUAAAAUCUCUUCAAAAAUUGGAAAAUUUUCUCUCAUUCAAUUAUGGUCAUAACUUUGUUAAAUCUCAUGGUCAAGAUACUCAAAGAUUUCUGAUAAAACAAGGAUUAGAUAAAACUUUCCAUCAAUGUGAAAAUCAUAUGUGGAGAUUAGGGGAUCGUAAGAUUCCCUCUGGAAUCGAAGUCGAUGGUGGAAGCGAUUGGGUAGCAUUGACUCGAGAUUUUUGUCAGUACAUUGUCGAUAAUGACGAUGAUCUACUCAGAGGAUUACGUGUUUUCUUCAAAUAUACUCUUUUACCUGCUGAAACUUUUUUCCACACUGUACUUCGUAAUAGUGCUUUUUGUGAUACCAUCAUUGAUAAUAAUCUACAUGUGACCAACUGGAGACGAAGCCAAGGGUGUAAAUGUCAAUAUCGUCAUAUCGUCGAUGUGGACAGCUUAGAAAAGCCCUUGUUUUUUGCUCGUAAAUUUGAACCCGCUGUUAAUCAAGAGAUUAUCAACCGAAUUGAGAUGCUAAUAUCAAAAACCAAAGGAAAAGUAGGCCAAUUAAGCUUCGAUAAAUAUUGGCAAAAUGAUUAUCACAAUGAGUUUGAUAUUCAUGAUGAUGCUAAGCAUAGUUUUUAUUAUCUACUUUCACUACUUAGUUCAUCUCACAUUCAUCAGCUUUGUCACAGUGUUAAACCUUCACUCGAAUCCAUAUUCACAUCAAUCGAAGCCAAACAAGGUCACAUUUUCUUCGAGAAUGAUUCGUAUAUGGGUUCACUUGUAUCCUUUACAAAUUCCAACAAUGAGUUGGAUUCAACUCAUCUCUAUGAAACUUAUUCUCAUCCAGUGAAUAAUUUCAAGAUAAUUAAUCGCCAAAUAAGGUCAGAUUUAAAAUUAGUCUCUGUUAAGGUUUGUAGUGAUUUCGAUAUGAAGGAACAAAUUUUUCGCAAUUUCGGUUGUAUUUUAAACCCAUUUUCCGAAAUUGGAGUAAAUCAUCGAUGGUCAUCUGAUGGGAAGACAAAUUUAUCUGUUUCUUUUGUUUGGAUCGAUCCUGUUGAACGUGUUGCUGGAUCAUUCGAAGUUCAAAUUGAAUGGCCACAAACGGUCAAGAAUAACGAUCAGACUACUAGUCUUUACCAUAAACCCAAUUUUAAUCUUCCCUUGCGUCCAGGAGAAUGGAAAUUAUUUAUUCUCUAUAAAUGGAAGCCAAUUGCUGAGAUUAAAUUCCUUGUUCUACCGAACGUGUUCAGCAAAGGCCAUUUCUUAGAUGAAUUAACCGCCGCUUCUUUGCACAAUGGACCCGCUGAAGGAAAAUAUUUGCAGCACAAUUUCACUGCAGUUGAGCGACUUCUUCAGCUUCGUGUUGACCCACAAAACUUGGACAAUCAAGCAACAAUUAAUUCCAUGAAGAGUGGAAAACAGCUGAUUGAAUGGUCACUAGAAUUACUCGAAAAGUUCUGGACAGUUCACGAUAUGUGUUCAAUAAGAAAAUCUUAUAAAUGUGAAAGAGCGACUAUUCCUUUGUGCCAAUCGAUUCCAUGGAGUUCAUUUUAUCCUGAUCUAAAAUCAAAACUAAUUUAGUGUCAAUUGAUUUCUACUAAAAUCAAAGCCAUAUCUUAAUCGGUCGUUACAUUUAUAAUUUUGAAGCAAUACAACAAUUGACUCAAGUGCCUUUAAUCAAAAUAACAAGAUGAUUGUUCUCACCUUUGAAUUGGAUUAAUCAUCAAAUCGCUUUCGACUACCAAACUAGUUCACAUUUUGUAUUAAAAUUCUUGUCAACAAGCUAAUCUAAAGUGCAAAGAGAAAUCAAAUCAAAUAAAUCCAGUAAUUAACAUUUUUUUCUUGA